CUGGCUCCCGGAGUCCCAGUCCGCCCGGGGGGCAGAGGCAGCCGGGGUUCCGGGCAGUGUCCGUGGGCCGCGCCUCCCUUCCUCCCUCACUCGCCCCGUGAGCCUCUCUGUCCACUCCUCCUCCUCCUUCCCCGAGUCCCGCGUCUCUGCCCAGCGCGGCCGCUGCUCGCAGCCCAGCCGGGAUCAUGGCGACAGCCGAGGUACUGAACAUUGGUAAAAAGCUCUAUGAGGGUAAAACAAAAGAAGUCUAUGAAUUGUUAGACAGUCCAGGAAAAGUGCUCCUGCAGUCCAAGGACCAGAUUACAGCAGGAAAUGCAGCCAGAAAGAAUCACCUGGAAGGAAAAGCUGCAAUCUCAAAUAAAAUUACUAGCUGUAUUUUUCAGUUGUUACAGGAAGCAGGUAUCAAAACUGCUUUCACCAGAAAAUGCGGGGAAACCGCUUUCAUUGCACCAAAGUGUGAAAUGAUUCCAAUUGAAUGGGUUUGUAGAAGAAUAGCAACUGGUUCUUUUCUCAAAAGAAAUCCUGGUGUCAAAGAAGGGUACAAGUUUUACCCUCCUAAAGUGGAGAUGUUUUUUAAGGAUGAUGCUAAUAAUGAUCCACAGUGGUCUGAGGAACAACUCAUUGCUGCAAAAUUUUGCUUUGCUGGACUUGGUAUAGGCCAGACUGAAGUGGAUAUCAUGAAUCACGCUACACAGGCUAUUUUUGAAAUAUUGGAGAAAUCCUGGUUGCCCCUGGACUGUACCCUGGUUGAUAUGAAGAUUGAAUUUGGUGUUGAUGUCACUACAAAAGAAAUUGUUCUUGCUGAUGUUAUUGAUAAUGAUUCCUGGAGACUCUGGCCAUCAGGAGACCGAAGCCAACAGAAAGACAAACAGUCAUAUCGUGACCUCAAGGAAGUAACUCCUGAAGGGCUCCAGAUGGUAAAGAAAAAUUUUGAGUGGGUUGCUGAAAGAGUACAGUUGCUUCUGAAAUCAGAAAGUCAGUGCAGGGUCGUAGUAUUAAUGGGCUCAACUUCUGAUCUUGGUCACUGUGAAAAAAUCAAGAAGGCUUGUGGAGAUUUUGGCAUUCCGUGUGAACUUCGGGUAACCUCUGCCCAUAAAGGCCCAGAUGAAACGCUGAGGAUUAAGGCUGAGUACGAAGGGGAUGGCAUUCCUACAGUCUUUGUGGCAGUGGCAGGCAGAAGCAAUGGUUUAGGACCAGUGAUGUCUGGUAACACUGCAUACCCAGUUAUCAGCUGUCCUCCCCUCACUGCAGACUGGGGCGCGCAGGAUGUGUGGUCUUCUCUUCGACUACCCAGUGGUCUUGGCUGUUCAACCAUACUUUCCCCAGAAGGAUCAGCUCAGUUUGCUGCUCAGAUACUUGGAUUAAACAACCAUUUGGUGUGGGCCAAACUGCGAGCAAAUAUAUUGAAUACCUGGAUUUCCUUGAAGCAGGCUGACAAGAAAAUACGAGAGGGCCAUUUAUAAGAAAAGAACAUAAUAGCAUUUUUUUUUAGGAGAAAAACUAUAAUUUUCUAAUUUAGCUGUAGAAAAAAGUCAAUCAAGGUGAAAAGAUUUUAAAUCAGAGAAAACAAAACUUAUUAGUGAAUAAUUGCUCCUCUAAAUUCAUGGAUUAGUAGAAUAUAUGUACAUAUUUAAUAACAUUUUAAAAUUAACCUCUCCCACUAUUUGGUUAUUACGAGGUGGGUAACAAUCAAAUAUAUUUCUUAAAUGCUAAUCAUGUUCUAUUAUAGAGCUCUGAAUUUACUACUUAUAUCUCAACCCAUGAGUUCUAAGAAGUUAAAAUGAUUUUAACUAAGAGCAACUGAUAAAGAGCAAUAAAGUUCUCGUCCUCAAUUUGAUCUUUACAGAAUUCUGAGGAUGUGGUUUUUUAUUUGCAAUCAGUAUCUCAGAAAAUGGUGUGUAUCUUUAGCUAUUGAUAGACAUGUUUUGUUUUAUUUUAUUUUAUUUUAUUUAUUUAUUUGUUCCUCAAGAAAAGUUGAGAUUGGUGGGGAGGAGAGGGAAGACAUAAAAUAAGAUGAAGAGGCAAUGUGAAAGCCAUAGAAAGGGGACUUUUCUGAGAAGUUCUGAUGGGUGUCAGAGCAAUUUGCCAUGGAGAAAAAGUAGAACCACCUUGACCUUCUAAAUGA